UUUUCCAUCUAUAUGUUGAUCAUGUCAUUCUCACGUUACAUUAAUAAUACCAACAAGAAACCUCAUAAAAAAAGAAGUAAUAAUUCAUGCUCUGUUUGCUAAGGCUCUAACAACAAAAGUAGAAAACCUUAAAUGCGAUUCGUUAUUAUGCUUUUGUGAGAAGAGGCGGAUAUAAAGAGUCAACAACUUCUGAUCUCUAUUGAGGAUUGAUCUCAACAAACCUUAAAAGCAUCAAACCACAUGGGGUUAGCAGCAGAACCAGCUUCAAGUAAUGAUGACAAGACACCAUUGUUGCUCUCUCACCCUCUCAAAAGAACAGGGACGGCGUGGACGGCGGUGGCGCAUAUAGUGACAGGAGUGAUAGGAUCAGGAGUGCUGUCUCUGGCAUGGAGCAUUGUGAAUAUAAGCUUAUAUGAUUUUGGAAUUGCUUAUGUUAUUACAUCAGCUAUCAGCAUAAGAACAAUCUUGGUUUCAAUUUGUUACCAUACCAAUGAAGAAGAAGUAGCAUGUGAGUUUGUAGAUGCAUAUUAUAUGCUGAUUUUUGGGGCUAUACAAGUUGUACUUUCACAGAUACCAAACUUCCAUAACAUUGAAUGGCUUUCGGUUGUUGCUGCAAUCAUGUCAUUUGCUUAUUCUUUCAUAGGAAUGGCCCUUUCCAUUCUGCAAAUCAAAGAAAAAGGUUAUGUUGAAGGUAGCAUUGAAGGAAUCAGAAGCAGGAGUAGAACUGAAAAGUUAUGGCUUGUUGCUCAAGCACUUGGUGACAUAUCAUAUUCCUAUCCAUUCUCAACAAUUCUCUUGGAAAUUCAGGAUACUCUGAAGUCACCUCCACCGGAAAACCAAACUAUGAAGAAGGCCUCCGUGAUAUCGGUGGCGAUCACAACGUUCUUCUACUUUGGUUGUGGAGGAGCUGGAUAUGCAGCUUUUGGUAAUGAUACACCAGGAAACCUCUUAACAGGUUUUGGAUCCUCCAAGUAUUAUUGGCUUGUUAACUUUGCCAAUGUUUGUAUUGUGGUUCACCUUGUUGGUGCAUAUCAGGUGUAUAGUCAGCCAUUUUUUGCCGUUGUUGAGAAUUGGUUCCACUUUCAAUAUCUAAAUAGUGAAUUUGUAAAUCACUCAUAUUUCUUGAAAUCGUCAUUUUUACCGAAUUUUGAACUAAAUUUUCUGAGGCUUUCUUUCCAAACCUGACAUCAACCACGGUGAUUGCAUUGAUGUUCCCUUACUUCAACCAGAUUUUGGGAGUACUAGGAAGCUUAAUCUUUUGGCCAUUAACUAUAUAUUUUCUAGUAGAAAUAUACUUAGGUCUGUCUAAUACUGAAGCAUAGAGUGCUAAGUGGAUCAUGCUUCGGAGUUUAAGCAUUUUAGGCUUUGUUUUUG